AUGGAGUCCCAGCUUCCCCGCCCCCAUGGGACGAGUCGCGCUGCCACGCUUUGGCUACUUCACAGCAUCGCUGCCAUAGCUCUUGCUGCCUGCUCCAUGUCCGAUGUGCAGGGUGCUCAUGGGAAUGAAACCGACCGACUUGCUCUGUUGGAAUUCAAGGCCAAAAUAAUAGUUGACCCACUCAGUGUCUUGAGCUCGUGGAGCUCCAGCCACCAUUAUUGUCAGUGGCACGGAGUUACUUGCGGCCGAAGGCACCAGAGAGUCACCAUAUUAGACUUGCAAUCGCAAGAACUGUCGGGGACAAUUUCCCCGCAUAUCGGGAACCUGAGCUUCCUGAGGGUGCUCGAUCUCCAGAACAACAGCUUCUAUUCAAGGAUUCCCCUUGAAGUAGGUCAUCUGUCGAGACUGCUGCAUUUGUACCUCAAUAACAACUCACUCAGUGGACCGAUUCCUCCCAGCCUCUCCAGUUGCUCCAAUCUCGUCAGCACCAGACUCCACAACAACAAGCUUCAGGGGUACGUUCCUGCAAAUCUCAGCUCCCUGUCCAAGCUCAGAGAGCUUUGGAUGGGGGACAAUGGUUUGAGCGGAGAGAUCCCACUUUCCGUUGGAAACUUCUCAUCUUUAGAGUAUCUUCAUUUGGGAAAUAAUAAGCUUAGGGGUACGGUUCCAGAUACUCUCGGCAACUUGAGAAACUUAAUUUUUCUCUCUCUUGCGAAAAAUAAUUUAGUUGGAAAUUUUCCUUCGUCACUCACCAACAUUUCUUCCAUGGAAGCUCUUGAUUUGGCCAUUAACCAAUUGGUGGGUUCCUUGCCGUUGGACUUGGACAUCACUCUUCCAAAUCUCCAAUUUCUCUCGGUGAUGUAUAACCGGUUCACUGGAUCUAUCCCCAAAUCGAUAUCCAACAUGUCCCAACUAAAUGAUUUUCAAAUUACAUCCAACAGUUUCACUGGGGACGUUCCGUCUUUCCGAAAGAUGAGUAACCUUCUCUUUUUGGGUAUUGGUUCAAAUUAUCUGGGAAGGGGGCUAGCCAAUGACCUCGACUUCCUCUGCUCCUUGACAAAUGCCACAAAUCUCUAUUAUCUUGGUAUAGGUAAUAACAGUUUUGGAGGGGAAGUGCCCAAAUGCAUCGGCAAUCUGUCCAUCAUUCUUGACAUGUUUGUGUUGGAAGGAAAUGCUUUAUCCGGAACCAUGCCCAGUAGUAUCGGGAAUCUCAUAAAUCUGGAGGUGUUGUCAGUGUCGCUUAACAAUUUUUCAGGUAGCAUUCCUCCCGAAAUUGGAAAUCUCAAAAAAGUGAAGGAAUUGUAUCUCGCAUACAAUAUGUUCACCGGAGAGGUCCCGCACACGCUCGGGAAUUUGUCAAUAUAA